AUGAGCUCCUCCACCAUCGUGGAUGAAGAAAUGGAAAAAGAAAACCGAAUACUCGACGACACGCUGCCAACCGGAUACAGGCUUCAACCAAUAAGAACGCAUUCGACGAUUUCUCAAGCACUGGAUGCCGAAGCCAACAUUAAUCAAUCUUCUCCUUCAGAAAAAGUCAACAUCUCCACCCUCGAGAAUGGCCGUGACGACAGCCCCAGCCCUCCACCAGACGGCGGCUUUUACGCUUGGCUUCAAGUCUUUGGAUCCUUUUUCCUGUUCUUCAACUCUUGGGGAACCGUGAAUGCUUUCGGGGUGUUCCAGACAUAUUACGAAAACAACCCAUUAUGGAAAGAAACGCCCAGCAACAUCUCAUGGAUUGGGUCGAUUCAAGCAUUCCUGCUUCUGAUCGUGGGGGUCAUGACUGGUCCUCUUUUCGACGCUGGUUAUUUCCGCGCUCUGAUAACCGCAGGAGCAGUGCUCAUCCCUCUCGGCUUCAUGAUGACUUCAAUCGCCAAAACAUACUGGCAGACCAUGCUUGCACAAGCUUUUCUCAUCGGACUUGGAAACGGCUGUCUCUUCGUUCCCAGUGUGGCACUUCUACCACAAUACUUCUCGACGAAAAAGGCCCUCGCCAAUGGCUUGGCAGCUGCUGGCUCAAGCUUUGGUGGUGUCAUUUAUCCCAUUGUCUUCCGCCGUUUGGAGCAACAACUUGGCUUUGGGUGGGCGACCCGUGUUCUUGGCUUCAUCUCGUUUGCUACCGUUUGGUUCUCAGUACUAGUCAUGAGGCCUAGGGUGAUACCCAAGCAAAAACGUCAUUUGACCGAUCUUGCAGCAUUCAAAGAACUCCCAUAUACUCUCUUUUGUAUCGCUAUGAUGUUCGGAUUCAUUGGGUUCUAUGGGCCAGUCUACUACAUCCAACCGUAUGCGAUCGGCAAGGGGAUCACAGGAGUCGGCCUUGGCUUCUAUAUCCUGCCCAUCCUCAACGCAGCGAGUAUUCCCGGUCGCAUUGUGCCCAAUUUCAUCGCAGACUACACGGGGCCAUUGAAUAUCCUCAUUCCCUGUUCCUUGAUGACUGGAAUUCUGGCUUUUAUCUGGAUUUCAAUCGAAAAUCUCGGGGGAACCAUCGUCUUUGCCAUUUUAUAUGGUUUCUUCUCUGGCGGCUUCGUGUCCAUGCCACCUGUUGCCAUUGUCACACUGACGAAAGAUAUGUCCAAGCUCGGUACAAGAAUGGGCCAGUGCUUCGUUUUGAGCGCCUUUGGUUUAUUACUGGGAACUCCAGUUUCUGGCGCAAUCUUGAAAAGCACAGGCAGUUGGCUGGGUGUCCAGUUGUUCUCGGGUGUCACCAUCGUCCUUACUGGCUUACUACUGCUGUGGACCAGGAUAGCUGUGGUUGGUGUGUCAAUUAAGAGAAGAGCUUAA